CGAAGGCAUGAGUUGAGUCAUUACAAACGGAAGAGUUGUUCGUCCAUUGGAUUCACUCGCAGCUGGAGAAGCACAAAAGAAGAACGUCUAAGGCUAUUCUUCUUCUCGUUGCAUACAGCCCAAUAGGACGAUUCUUCUGGUGGGAAUUGUGGAAAAUGUUUCUCAAAGUACAGUUGCCAUGGAAUAUCAUAAUUCCUGCUGAAAACUUGGAUGCUAAAGGGUUGAUGCUUCAAAGGGCAAUCAUCAUUCGUCUGAUGGAUGAGUUCUCUAUUAAGAAGGCCACGAAAGAUCUUGGUUAUUUUCUUGCGGUGACAACAUUAGAGAGCAUUGGGGAAGGGAAGGUUAGACAAAACUCAGGGGAUGUACUCUUUCCUGUUGUCUUCAGUUGCAUCACCUUCAGGAUUUACAGGGGAGAAAUCUUAGAGGGAGUCGUUCACAAGAUUUUGAAGCACGGAGUUUUCUUGAGAUGUGGGCCUAUCGAGAACAUUUAUCUCUCCAAUAAGAAAAUGCCGGGAUAUGAAUAUGUGCCUGGGGAAAAUCCCAUCUUCAUGAAUGAAAAGAUGCCGAAAAUUGAGAAAGAUGUGGUGGUGCGCUUCAUUGUGAUUGGGGAGAAGUAUAUAGAGGCUCAGAGGGAAUUCCAAGCAGUUGUUAGCUUGGAGGGGGAUUUUCUUGGGCCCGUUUCUUAAAAUGUUGCCUUCAUCUUCGGCUGUUCGGUGGUUCUUAUGCUUUAAUGUACGACAUUUUGUGUAAACAUUUGAUGUCUCAUUGUGCGUAGUCUUCAACUGUAUGAAAGCUAGCUAGUUGCUACAUUAUGGGGUAAAUUUCUGCCCUCAUUGUUGUUUUGUGACUAAACUCUUUGUGAACCUUUUCGAUUAGUAGUUGAAGCCCAUUUUCUUUACAAAAAAAGGUGGAUGCCCUUUCUUAUAGAAUUCUAGAAAUGGUGCAGCCACUAUUACACUA